AUGUCUGGAGCCGCUUCCACCAAUCCCGCCCUCAGCUUUGGACCUGCUGGUCCCUCCAACUACCAAUCACCUGACCCUUCCUCGAGCUCGGCCAGCUACACCACUGUUGGUGGCUUCCCUGCUAGCUUUGGACGAAUCAAGCAGGAAACUUCAGCGUACACCUACGACGAACAAGCGCCUCGAUCACAGCAGCACGGCAAUUACACACAUCACGACCUCAGUGGUGCCGGCACUCUGGCCCAGACACAGGCCCUUGGUGGCUUCAAUCCUACCACCUCGCAGCACUAUGCCGGGCAGGGCCACUUGUCUGGACACACACGACACCAGUCGCUCAACUCGGGUGUAAGCCAGUUGGCCCUCGGUGGCGCCAGCGGUGCCUACUCGUUUGGCGACGUCAACGCCAACCAGUACAACAACUACAACUUGGUCCCGGCUCAGAGAUCACCUUCUGGGCGAUCGUCAGCCCUUGCCUCCGAGACUUCCCCAACUCGAAGCCGCUUUCCCUCGACUGGCUACAACGACCCUCGCACUUCUGUCAACCGUCCUCCAGCACGUCCCGUCGGAUUGGGCUUCUCCUUGACUUCGGCAACGAGCAGCGACGAGUCAAGCAACAAGCUCGAAAGCGAUUCGCCAAGGUCGCUCAAGCGCUCCGCCGACCCUAUGGAAGAACUUCGCAAUUCUUCCGAGCACUCGCAACUGCGUCGCCCUGCAUCUUUUCCCGUGCUUGGCUCCGGAGUCACAAACGUAUAUGGGCGCCCGAUGGGUCAAGAUGCACGAAGCGCUCAGAGUGUUGGCCGUCGCACCGGUCGAGGCGGCAUGGGCAUUCCUGGCCAACUCACUCCUGGACGAUCAAAUGUUGUGCUUCCCGGGCUUGGCGCUGGCUUCUAUGAUACUGCUGAAAGUCGUCGCGAGUCGUUUGGAUCCAACAAUACUCUGCAGUCGCCCCUCGCUGGUCAUCAAGGCUCGGCUUCUUCGGAUGAGCUUGGCUUGGGCGGCAGUGGCAUUCCGCAGCUCAUGCGCGCUACGCAGAUUCCGGGCUCGAUCACGCCAACACCUAUCAUGACACCACAUGAUCCCGUCUAUAGCCCACCUGGUGGCAGCGGUGGAGGUGCUCCGCGCGCCAAACUCGAGCUGCACGGCAAUCUGGGCGAGAUGGCGGUAGGCUGGUCGCAUGACGAGUGGCGUAGCGGACGCCGACUGGUACAAUUCUGGAGGCGCCAGGAAGGCACGACGAUCCACGCCACCUUCCGACCCAUCUUACCAUCGCAGUACGUGCCGAACAGCAUUGUCAUCUCGUGCAUCUUUCGCGAAGACAAGAACGAGUGCUUUGUCACCUCGGUCGACACAAUCUACCUGCUUGAAGCAUUGGUUGCGAGUCGCUUCACUGUCGAGGAGAAGAACCGGAUUCGACGAAAUCUCGAGGGUUUCCGACCCAUCACGGUCAGCAAAAACAAGCGCGAGUGCGAACGCUUCUUUAAGCUGAUCAUGAGCUUCCCCAACCCAAAGCCGCGCAACAUCGAAAAGGACGUAAAGGUGUUCCCGUGGAAGGUGCUUGCCUCGGCGUUGUGCAAGAUCAUUGGCAAGUACAGCGCGUCAUACGACGGUGCGCCGCCUGUGCUGGCUGAGCUUGGGCCUGACACGCAGUUCGGAGGUGCCAUAGCUGCUAGUUCGUUGCCUUCGGUCGACCUGUCGGGCGGUCACUAUCGUGAUGCCAGCUACCCGGCUGCUUCUCCUGCGAUCAGAGAUACGCGAUUGGCGGAUUCAUCGUUCGACUAUGAUCGCUCGGGCGGCGCCACGGGUAUGUAUGGCGUGUCAAAUGCCUAUGGAGGCAAUACGUGGAAUGUGGGUAACCAAGGCAUGGCUUUCAGUGCGCCGGGUGCUACGAGUAGCUACGCUGGAGCGACGAGCAACCUUGGCUUUGCGGCUGGAGGAGGCUCGCAUAGUCAAACGCACAGCGCCAGCAGCUACGACGGCUUUGGUGCCUCGGGCGGAGGAAGCCUGGCUGCCGGAUCGGGCAGUGUCAAUCUGUAUGAUGGGCAGCAAUCGGACGGCUACGGCGCAGCUACUGCCCCUCCGCACAGCCAAAGUCAGUGCACUACUAGUACGCUGGCUGCUGCGGCCGGGGAUUACUAUUCGUCGGAGCGCCGAUGA